AUGACUGACCGAGUUACGAAGCCCCGGGCAAGAAAGAAGAAGACUGUCACCAGACCCAGCGUUGGAGUGGCUACACGUGAAGGCAACGCGCGGGCGAUGCCUUCCGCUCGGAGAGACUCAGCUCUGACAACAAAGUCAGAACCUUUUGAUUCAGAAUCAUCACUGCAAAACAUGCCCUUGUCAGCGACGUCCAGCGAUGGCGACGUAUGGUCACAAGAGGCAGAGAAAGCUGUGGCGACAAUACGAUAUCAGUACAGUGCGCCCCAGUAUUAUCAGCCUUCUAAGAUCCAGGGUGAUGCAUUAGACAUGGCUUUCCUUUUACACUUCAUUGAGAUGAACCAGAACACUCGAAACUAUACGCCCGAGAUACCCUGGCUCACACAUCUGCCACUAAUUCACAGCAAAGCAGUCAAGCCGGCAGUGAAGCUGUCGAUGCGUGCAGCGUCCAUGGCCUUCUUCGCCAAGCUAUACCAUGAUCCCACCAUCUUGGUGGAUUCAUACCGCUGGUACACAGUUUCGCUGCAUGCACAGCGACAAUCACUGUCACAGCUGACUGGACCUGAUCGAAUCCCAGACGACGAGGAGAUCUUAGUCCCGAUAAUAUUGGGCCUAUACGAAGUUUAUGCCGGGACCACUUCCGACAGUGUGCUGCAUCAUGUAGCUGCAGCAUGCGAGAUCAUCAAGAUGCGAGGACCGGCAAACUGCAAUUCCGGUGUGGUCUGGCCGAUGUUCAAAGCCAUGCGAGCAGCUGAUGCACAAAAAGCCCUUAUCUUGAACAAGCCUUCCGUAUUCUCAUCGCAUGAUUGGAUGACGAUACCCUUCGCCAAUAUGCCCCGUAAUGCACACCACGAUCUCGCAGAUAUCAUGCUCAUGAUCCCCGACUGCAUCGCUUUAUGCAAAAUCAACGGCAGCUUGCAAACCUUUUUCAACACACCUUUCCCACCCGCCAUUGACCUAGAGCCGUGUCGAAAACGAACGAAAGAGUUGAUCGACAAUCUCGACGAGUGGGCAGCGACCUACCCAUACCUCGCAAAACCAUCGCCAAGUCUCCAGAUCGUGGAGGCGAACAUGGCAAACCUCGCCGUCAGCGGGGUCAAGCCUGCGUUCGAGGGCUCGAAGAAUGUCAUUCUACCAGAUAGCUUUGUUGCGCUUACAAUAGCGAUAUUCGAGUCUGUGCAGAUAGCUCUUAGGAUGUUGUUGCACAAAAUGAAUACCCAGGAUCCGAAAUUGAACGAUCUGAGUCCGCGGUCUUCGCCCACAUCAACGUCGUCGAUUCAGGCUGUGCGGUCAGCAGAGGUCUUACUAAAGACCACAGGACAUCUAGAGGGCACAAAGACCGUCGGUUUCGAUUUUAUCAGAAGUGUAACGCCGGUCGUGGUUGUGGCUAUUCUUGGACCAACAACAGAGCUGAAGGAGAACGCGAUGGCUAUGCUGAAGCGAUGGGGUGAAAAGAGGGGGAUGAAUGGGCUUGUGGGAGCGUGGAUGCAUUUGUGA